GGAAAGAACAAAAUGAGAGAUUAAAAAGUGAACUUGGAGGACUGAAAGAAUUUACAACAUUAGAAAGACAGAUUUUUUCAGCUGAAAGUCAACUAUCUAAAGAUUUGGAAGCUUCCAGAAAUGAAGUUGUGAUGUUGAGAGAAAGACUUUCAAAAGAUUCAAAUUCUAUUUCUAUUCACAAAAGCUUUGAUAAUAUUUCUUUUAAUGGAUGUAAUUCCUUUUAUUCUGAAGCUUUGAUACAUGACUAUGAAAAAACACAGAACUUUCAUGUUUCUAAUGUAGUUAAUGAUGCAUUUUCCAAUUCAAAAAAUAUUUCUACAAAUAUUAACUCUGAAGAAACAAAACAUUCUUCUGAAGACCAAAUUUCAAAUUAUUUGGUAGACAUGCAUAGCAUGAAGAGCCUAAGCUCUCUUGCAGAAAAUGAUGCUAAAGAUGCAAGCAGUUUUAUUUGUGUCUGUGCUAAGCAGAAAACUACAACUUUUAUACCUACUGAUUUACCUAAAUUAAACAUUUCAUGUCAGACAGAAAUUUAUGAAGAUGUAGAAGAUGGACAUUCUGUGAAUUUUGAGGUAGCUGUUUUUGUGAAUGAAAUGACAGAAUUAGCAGCACAUUUAUCAGAAAUAGUAGAAAAAAUCACUCAUUUUCGAUUCUCGGAAAAUAUUGAUGAGAUUUAUGAAGAAAAAGAUUCAACCCUUAAUUCUGUUAGGAAGAAAAUUCAUGUUAUGAAGGAACAACUGACUAUACUUGAUUCUGAUAUUAGGUUAAAAGCUGAAUCUUUUGAUUACUUAAAUAAUACUUUCAAACCCAAGAUGACUGAAGUUCUGUCAAUGCAAACACAACUUGUUGAAACCCAAACAGUUUUGAAAGAAAAGGAAUGCCUUUUACUUGAUAUGCAAAAUGAUUUAUAUAGUCUCAGGCAGAAAAUGAGUUUGUUGAAGUCAAUGUAUAAGCAUACAUUAUCUCCAAAUCCGGAUUCUGAAGCUGAAUCUGUUCAUGAAGAAAAGGAAUGUAUCUCUGAUAAAACUUCGUUAAGUCGUAUACAUGAUAUAGCAACUAUGGAAAGAAUACUUUUAGAAUUAGAAUCAUAUUUUAUUAGAAAUAAUGCUACAGUUUCUGAGUUAUCUUCUAAGUUAAUAGAAGCUGAAGCAGAGGUUUCCAUUCUUCAAGCCAUGACUAGUGAGUUUCAAAAUGUAGAAAUCUUGAAAUUCAAUAGAUACACACAGACAUCUGAAAACUACCAAAUAGAAAAUCAUGCAGAGCUUAACAGAUUUAAAUCUAAAGCAGAAACAUUUGAAAAUGAGGUUAUAUGUUUACAAACUGAAAUUAAAAUAUUGAAUGACGCAAAACUAGCUUUGGAGCAGGAACUUGAAGAUGCCAAAUUGCUUUAUAGUAGUCAGGUUAAUUCUCUGCAAUCUGAGUAUGAAAUUCACAAAAAUAUCUGGCAUUCUAAAACUGCUGAAUUUGUGAAAAGUUUGGAGGAUGAACACAGACAAGAGAUAGCUGAUAUUGAAAAUAAAUGUUCUAAUUAUAUUAGUGAAAAAACUAAAGAACUGAAAAAACAAGUAAUCUUGCUAGAAUCUGAAAAAGAGGAAUUAAAAAAGAUGUUGAAUAAUUUGAAAACAGUUUUUGAAGAUCAGGUAUCUAUGCUUAAAAUAGAUAAAGAAAAAAAUAUGGUAGAUUUUCAAGCAAGAUUGUCAAAUGAAAUAACUGAAAAAGAAAAUCUGAAGCAUCAAAUCAGUGAAAAAGAAAAUAAGCUUAAUCUAUUACGAAUAAAAUGUCAAAAUGCAGAUGAUUUAAAUGCCCAAUUAACUCAAAAAUUAAAUCAAGACACCAAUGAAAUCCAAAAAUUGAAGGAAAUUCUUUCAAAUAUGAUGAAAAGUCAUUCAGACGAACCAAGAAGUUUGUUACAUACACAAACAAAGGAAAAUAAAACAAGUGCAUGUGAAAACUGUAACAUCCUUUCACAACAGACACCUACAUCUGAAUCAGAUCUAAAUAAAAAAAAUGCCAAGAUAAAUUUAUUGCAGACUGACAAUAGGAAUUUGAUGCGGGAAUUGGAGAUUUUAAAAAAAGAAGUUACAGCAAAAACUGCUUUAUUACGUAUUUGUAAAUGCAACAACAUUCCCAAAAUAAAAGGAUCUGAACCUUCUAGGAUGGAAAGUUCUUCAAAGAUUCAUAUCUCAGGCAAAAUAUCAGACUCCAAUUCUGAAAGGAGAAAAAUAAGACAACAAUCAUCAGAACUGAGUAAUUCUGCAUCUAUGCUCGAUACUAAGGCUGUGCUAAAUCAAGAUUUUGUUCAAAAAGCAAUAGCAGAUGCACGAGAAGAAGAACGCGCAUUGCUAACAGGUGGGGGUAGUGGUGAAGCCAAUAUUUUAAAAGCAUAUUGGUUAGAAAGAGAACUUCAUAAGAAAGAUAAGAAAAUCAAAGAACUAGAAGAGAAGCUUUCCAGACCCUAUUAUAAUCCUCGUCGUACCUCUCCAGAUAAAUUUAAAAAAACCAAGAAUCCAUUUGGCCUUUCUGAAGAUGCUGAAAAUGUGACUGCAUGCCCAGAAUUUAUAUACUUUAAAGAUGCCAUUCCAGCAGCUCCUCGAAAAGGUGCCAUUCCCGUGCCUCCUCAAAAAAUUCUUUGUGAGAAAAACGGACAGUUUAAUAUUAAGUCACCUAAAUUUAAAAUAGAAAUUCCUGAGAUGCAAUCUACUUCUGAAACUAAAGGAAAGCUGACAAAAGGAAAAAAAUCAGAAAAUUUGAUUUCUGAUGAACCUGGUUGUAAACAACAAUAGUUUACUUGAAUUUUGUAUUUGUGUAUAUACAUAUUUUUAUAUUUAUUUAUGCAAAUUUUUAUGACUAAAUGAAUAAAAUGUUUUAUAUAA